UAUUUGCCUUUUACCUAGAGAAAAGUUAAUUAUUACAAAAUGCAAAAGUAGCCUUAAAAAAGGCCAUUAACCUUCAAAGAGAAUAAUGAUUCGAAUCUCAAGUAUGAGUACAACCCACGUGCAACUCCCAUAAAGUUCUUCUCUUUUUUUCAUUUCAUCUUAUUAAUUUCUUCUCCCAAUUCAGAAAAAUUGACCAAAAUCUCAAUUAUUAUCUGGCGCCGUUCUGUAAAAUCAACGCCUAAAAUUAUUACAGCCACUCUCCUACUACUAGUCUUCAUCUACUGUUUUUUUUGCUUCAAUUGUUAAACAUAAACACCCAUUUUAUCCUCUUAAUAAUGGAGUCACUUUAGUAUACUCUAAAUUACUCAAAAAAUUUUGGAUUGAUUGAUUGACUGACCCCCCCUUUUAUUUUCUUCUUCAAAUUCCAUGAAUUUGGACAAUACUUCCAAUUCUUUUGUCAAAAUUCCCUGAUUUCAUGUUUUGAACCCUUUGAUUUUCCUUAGAUUUUGUUAUUUGGGUGUAUCUUCAAUGCCCCACUUAUUAAUUUGAUGACCCAGUUGCUUGAUCUGAUCCAAUUUGGUUUAUUUAAGUUGAUUUAUUAAGUGGGGUUUGUUUGAUUUUCGAGGGUUUUGGAAGUGUGAGAAUCUAAUCUAUUGACUGAAUUGAGGAGUAAGAAGCUGUCCAAGCUGAUUGUGUGUGUAAAAGGUAACUGUGUAGAGAAAUGGGAUCUCAAGGGUCUAAACUUGGAACGUGUUGCUUAGGUUCACCUAAUAAGACAGCAGUGCUUGAGGCUCCUGAUGCUGGUAAUGAGGAUGAUAAUGGGCUUGGGUUACUUGCAUUCCGCGAGUUCACAUAUGAACAACUUAAAAAUGCCACAUCAGGUUUUGCAGUUGAGAACAUUGUGUCUGAGCAUGGUGAAAAGGCCCCAAAUGUGGUGUAUAAAGGGAAACUAGAGAACCAGACAAGAAUUGUUGUUAAGCGUUUUAAUAGAAGUGCAUGGCCUGAUUCUCGCCAAUUUUUGGAAGAAGCUCGGUCUGUUGGUCAGCUUCGUAACCAGAAGUUGGCAAAUCUGCUUGGCUGUUGCUGUGAAAACGAUGAAAGGCUACUUGUGGCUGAGUACAUGCCCAACAGCACCCUUGCAAAACAUCUUUUCCAUUGGGAUGCACAGCCAAUGAAGUGGGCAAUGCGGUUGAGGGUUGUCCUACAUCUUGCUCAAGCUUUGGAAUAUUGUACGAGCAGAGGACGGUCCCUCUAUCACGACCUCAAUGCUUACAGAAUUCUAUUUGAUGGGGACUGUAAUCCCAGGCUUUCUUGCUUUGGCUUGAUGAAAAACAGCAGAGAUGGGAAAAGUUAUAGUACAAAUCUGGCAUUUACUCCUCCAGAGUAUUUGAGAACUGGGAGAAUAACACCAGAGAGUGUUAUAUAUAGCUUUGGAACUCUGUUGCUUGACCUUAUUAGCGGAAAGCAUAUUCCACCGAGUCAUGCCCUAGACUUGAUAAGGGAUCGGAAUCUUCAGAUGCUGACUGAUUCCUGCUUGGAAGGACAAUUUUCUAAUGAUGAUGGUACUGAGUUAGUGCGCCUUGCUUCCCGAUGUUUACAUUACGAACCACAAGAGCGACCAAACACUAGGUCACUGAUUUCAGCUUUGACACCUCUUCAAAAGGAAAUUGAGGUUCCUUCUCAUGUGUUAAUGGGUAUCCCUCACAGUGCAUCGUCCUUGCCUUUAUCUGCUCUGGGUGAGGCAUGUGUAAGAAGGGACUUGACUGCCAUUCAUGAAAUUUUGGAGUCAAUUGGUUAUAAAGAUGAUGAAGGAGUGGCAAAUGAGCUCUCCUUUCAGAUGUGGACUGACCAAAUGCAGCAAUCUUUGGAAUCAAAGAAGAAAGGUGAUAGUAACUUCAAGCAGAAAGAUUUUAAGUCAGCAAUAGAACGAUACACACAGUUCGUUGAUGGUGGAAUGAUUUCUCCAACAGUCCUUGCACGCCGCAGUCUCUCACAUCUUAUGAGCGACAUGCCACAGGAAGCUUUAGAAGAUGCAAUGCAAGCUCAAGUGAUUUCACCUGUCUGGCACAUUGCUUCAUAUCUUCAAGCUUCUGCUCUUUUUGCCCUUGGAAUGGAAAACGAGGCACAAGAGGCUCUGAAAGAGGGCACUACCCUUGAAGCGAAAAGGGAUGUCAGAGAUGCAAAAUAAUCAGAAACCUUGUGCAGCAAUGAAUUAAUACUGAAUGAAGCAUGCCCUCCCCAGAAAAGGUCUUAAAACGUGAGUUUUGAAAUUGAGGAGAAGGCAAUGCAGUGAUUCUCUUGUCCGAAGAUUUUUGCCUCCUUUGCAGCUUCUCAGACGAAAAAUUUCAGCUGUCAAGAAUUUUAAUAGGUUGAUUAGCUUGUCCGACAUUCUCCUUGGAGAGUUUGCAAGUGCAAGGCAUCAAAAUCCUAUAAACUUGUAAUUUGUGUACAGUAAAAAUGUGGUUUGGGUGGUUUUUGAACUAAAAAACUCAAGUUUUCAGCUUAUAUUUACGGAAGUAAAUAAUGGCUUCCGUUUCUCCAUCAAGUCUUGUUACAAUUGUGUGGGCAAUGCCUUUCUUUAACAUAUAUAUCCAAUGAAAGUUUCAAUAUCAAGGUUCAGACU